AUGCUGCCGAGUGUGGAGUUCUUACGCCGGUGUUAGCCACACGAGUGCAGCAAUACAAACACACGGGCAGGUUUGAGCUCGGUUUAGCGCGCUUACUUCACGUUAGUCGCGUGUCUAACAUAAGUACGUGCCCUGUAGAUACACGUUAAUGACAAGUUAAUUAGAAAAGUGUAAAUCUAGAGACUCAGUGAAGGCGAAAAGCAGCCGAUUAGCAUAAAAGCUUUCAACUCCCCACUAGGAACACUUUACUCACAGUCCACUAGUGAGUAUUAUACCAGUGUGAUCACGUGUUUCUGCUGGAAAUAUUAAAGGUGAACAGGAGUUGUUGCAGCCAUGGCAGGCAAGGGUCGUGGAGCGGCUGCCUUCACCUUCAGCAUUGAGUCUCUGGGCAUCGGCAGGGGCAACAUGCCAGAAGCCAGGGUGGGGCCCAGCCCUCUGUUUCCAAACACUGACUAUAAACCCGUUCCACUGAAGGCUGGCGAGGAUGAGGAUUACAUGUUGGCCUUGAAACAGGAAAUGAGGGGAACAAUGCAACGGUUGCCACACAACAUCAAGGCUCAUUCCCAUAAAGCCGAUGUGGAGAAAUACACGCAGAGAUACCUGAAGCAAAACCAGAUAGAUGAUGAGGAAUGGACUCCAGACUGGAACCUCUUUCCAAAAGAAUUAAUGCCCCAGAAGAUGAAGCCUCGUGCUAAAUCAGGCACAAAGAAGAAAACUGUGAAGCUUUCAAAGGAAGACACAAAGGAUAUGCUGAAUAAACUGGAAGAACUGGCAAAGAAAGAUGACCCAGAGAACCCUGAAAAGUCAGAUGAGACUGAAAACAAAAAAGAGAACGAGGACGAAGAUGAAGACAUUGAAGGGGAAGAAUUUGAGGAAGAGGAUGUUGAAGAGGACAACGACUACAUUGAAAGCUACUUUGACAACGGUGAAGAUUUUGCAGCAGACAGUGAUGACAACAUGGACGGUGAAGCAACGUACUGAGACUGUGUGACUCAACUCUCAGCAACAUGUGAAGGGUUCUUUUGGAUAAGUAAAGUGUUUGUUUUGGAAAUACUGUUGAGCAGACUGAAUUUAGUUUUGUUUAGUUUCCUUGAGCCUGCGGCAAACCUUCAGUGUGUUUGUAUGUAAAUAGGAAAUGCCAAACUAUGUAAACAGUGGCAAUAAUUUAUUCAAAAUAGAUGUAUUUAUUUUCCAGUCUGCAGCACUUUUCCACAGGUUGAAAGGCACAUACUGUCAACAACACAAUGCUCUGUCAUAAAGUAUCAAGUCAACAAUGACGAAAUAAAAGGGCUAAAUAACAAA